AGGCUGCGCGCGGCAGUGUCACGAGCUCCAGCGCCCUUCAGACCGCGCGGCUGUGACGCGAGGGUUGUGGUGCCCACCGGGUCUGUUCCCAACGCCAGAAGGUUGCUGGUGACUUUGUGGGGGUUCCGGAUUCGUGUUUAGGUCGGUAAUGGUGAUACCGUGCACCAGUACUGGGUGCAGCCCUGAAAACUGAAAAGGUUCGGUGUCUGCAGUGAGGAUGCCCCGUGUCCACCAUUGAGACGAGCGAUGAGACCCCAACCACCGCUGUAUGGUUCUGCCAGCUAGCUGUGCGCAUUACAAGAGGUGGCGCCCUAUGGGCAGACGGCGGUGCUAGGGGGGGCAGCAUGGUCCUGUGGGCCGCGCUGCUCGUUCUGCACGGAGCUGGCUGCGUAGGUUCGAUGCCCGGAGCCAGCAUGGUGCCCGAGAACAUCACGGUGAUGUUCCUCAGCCCUACCACCAUCAAAGUGUCGUGGGCCACCACGAGUGACGUCAUGGCCGACAAGUUCGACGUCAUGUACAAGCCGACUGACGCCAGCUACCGCGUCGUGACGGUGGUGGCAGGCAACUCCAGGUCCGUGGCGCUGGAUGACCUCAAGGCGGACACGCAGUACCAGCUGACGGUGACUGCAGUGCGCGCUGGCCGCAAGUUCCGCAGCAGGGCCAUCGUCUUCCGCACCCUCGGAUUCAAACAAGAAACUACUACAAUUGUCCAAAAGCCUUCUGAUGAAAUUCUUCCUAUUUCCAUCACCACCCAGACUACAACAGAAAUACCACGCACAUCACCUCAGAAAGAGGGAUCCAUGGCUACGCCUGUAACUGAAGGUGGUCUGCAGACGGAGGAGAUAAUAGGAGGUCCUCCAGAUGAUGAUAUGCAUACACCUCCAUACAUACAAGUGCGAGGUGUAGAAGUAGGAAUAGUUCUGCUUGUACUUGUUGUCUGGGCUGGAGCAAUUGCACUCUUCUUCAAUCGAUGGGGGAAGAUUCGAAUGCUUCUACCAUAUCAGCCUGACUACAAGGAGCAGCUUAAAGUUCCUGGUCCUCCUGUGGGUAGUGGUUGCUCACAAGGUCAUGGUACAAGCCAGGCUUGUCCGCAGCAUCUGCAUUGGUCAACACACCAACGUUUUGAUAUGGACCCAUGGAUUGGCCGUUCAAGGCCAAGGGUUAACUCAGCUAUAUUUAUUAGCUCUGGUGUACGUGAUUCUGAAUUUGUUCAGCAUCAACCAUUUCGUUCAGAAAUGGGGCGUCGAACACGUAGUGCUGAAAACAUUCCAAUGAGUGGAAUGCGAGAAGGACUUCCCAUACUUUCAGUUUCAGCCCCACCCCCACAAGAAAACAAUCAAAACAUUCAAUGUGAUGAAACCUUGUGACAGUGAGUGUGUUUUUUUAAAAAUCUCUAGGGUUGUCGCCAGUAAUUAUGUGAUGUGCUUCUCUAUAAACCAGUUUGUCUUACUAUCAAUAAAUGACUUGAAAUUUGAAAAGCAUACUGUGGCAAUAAUUGCCUGGGUGUUGUGACUACUGAUAGUGCUAUGACACUGUUUGAAUAACGGUAUUGAAGUAAGCCUGCACAAACCUAAAAUUGGUGUAUUUUUGAUUAUAACAUAUUUUUAUAAAUCUACUGCAACUCUCAUAGUGUGUAGAAGUUAAUUAUUACUACAUUUUAAAGAAAAUAUUUGUGACUCUUUAUACUCAGAAGGUGAUAUAUCAAUUAUUCUUACCAAAACCUGUAACAGAUUGUUCUACAUUCAUUCUCACUCAUUUGUAAUCAACAUUAUAUACUUUCUGAUUACUUUCUGGCCUUUGACAUAUCACAAUAUAUCCUUAGUGAAAUAUUGUGUUUCUUUUGAGUCAUCCAAAUGCAAUUUGUUCAUUUUGUUAUGUGUAAGUGAACAACAUGUUAAAGAGAGAAUAGUCUGCAAUGUUAUAAACAUUUUUCUGUACAUGCAAUGAAAUAUUAACAUAUAUUAAUUACCUGUACCUAAAUUAUAAAUAUUAUUGUUUUUCAGUGUUCACAUAUUUAAUAAUGUCAUGGAAUUUUGUAAUGAACACCUACGUGUACAUGUGUAUUAUUAUUAUUAUUUUGUGUGGAGUUAAACCUCAUAUAAAAUGAAAGUAAGGCCACAAAAAAGUAGAAGCAGGAAGUGCAUCAAUACCUAAACUGAAAAAUAAAAUUUGCGGAUUUCAGUAUUUUAGGAUCAAUUCUGUAAAGAAAACCAAAAUGAAAAACAAUUAGAGGGAAUUUGGAAAGAUGUACAUUUAAACUUCAAACAUAAGGGAUUCAUUAUACAGAAAGAGAAAAUAUUGAACCUAAAAGAGAAAUUGGAUUUGUCUCUCUCUUUACAGUCAUCUAGAUUUCACUUCAUUCUAUUUUUCUUUCUUUUCUGUGUAGGAAGCCAGUGAACCCUGAACAAAAGCUUAAAAACCUUUGAUUUGAUGUUGUCAGGUAGGUCAAUUGUUUUGAACACUGCAGUGGUUUAAUAGGCAUGGCCCCAUUGGAGGUUAAAUGUCCUUGCCUUCCUCUCACCUUUAAACUGAUUUACCCAGCCAGUUACAGGGAAGUUACAAUUUAUCACAGACUCUAUAUCGCAGUGCAACUUAACAUCUUUAACAUUAACAAAAUGUCAAAGGUGUAAUAAAGGAAAAGCAACAGAAAAAAUUCUAAAGUUGACCAAUGACGAAACCCCGGACCUUUAAGUGAGUAAGUGUUAACUUAAACACUUACUCACUUAACCAUAAAGUCACUCUCCUUUACCUUUAAUAGUUGAAGCAUUUACAGAUAAUUUGAUGUGAACAGAAGGAUAAGUGCCUCACUCAAGACAAACAGAAAUCUAUACAAAAUAAAUUUAAUUUCCUUUCAAUCUAUAAACUAAAGUUAUGUACUGAACAAGUAAAAAUUCUUGGGGAAUCAUGUGUUUACUAUUAAACUCAGUUUGGUACCUUUCCAAGCAGCAUGGUUUAUUGCUAAGUAAAAUCCACUUAAAUUUUUGUAUAAAAUGUAAGUAAGAAGUAACACAGCAUUAUUCUAAAUUUUACUUACGACAUUGUAAAAUUUCAUUUUACAUUAAUGCAAGCUGAAUGAAACUUACUCCUAAUCAGUAAAUUGCACAUGUCUUGUAAAUUAAGCAACUAUGAAAUUCAGCCAAAGAUUUUAACUUACUGAAGCAAACUACACCAUCAUGCAUAAUAGUUUCUAUGGACAAAAUUUCUUUAUCUAAGUCUUUGAGCACACAAAAUGAAAUAACUCACACGUGUCAUGUGUAAAAGAACAGUAAAGUGUUACAAAGAUUCUUCCUCCAGCUUAUGACAAUACAAUUGCACAAUAUUUUCAUGUGUCAUUGUUAUUAAUAUUUAGUUGUAAUUGGUACAAAAUAUUUGACACCUUUCAGAAACAUCACUGAAGCGAUCAGAAGGUCACACCAUAUCAACUCCUAACAGCCAUAACUUUCAUUCUUGUUGAUCUAGACCAAUACAGACAAUAUUCUCUAUACUAAAAAUAAAUCUGGUGUCUUUUUAGAGCAAAGGAUCAUGAACAGAUAGUAUUGAUUUCUUCACAUAACAUCCAUCAUGAUAAUGUCAGUUUAACAGUGCUAAAAACUGAGAGACAUAUCUAAUGUCCAUGAAUCUAUAUCCACUGUUGGUCAGCAUUAACAGUGUGUACACAAUGGCUAAAUACUGUAAAAAAAAGAUAUCUGAUGGCUAGAGAAAGUGGCAAAUCACUCAAUAAGCUGAAGAAGUGAAACUGAGUAAUGCAAGUAUACAAAUGCAGUAGGGGAGGUGUGCAACUUGUGAGUACAUGAAUGUUCAAAUGAGCAUGGAGGAAGAAAAUAAUAGUGAAGACAGAACCUGAUAUACAGUUUAUCUGGAUCCUGUGCCACUUUCAGACAGAUAUAAACAAUGAAUAUCCUAAAUCAAUGCCCAGUAUAGGGCCCUAGUUGACUCAAUUCUAAUUUAUAUUGGAAAAGUGGGUGGAGGAUAUGAUCUUUAUGGAGUGUUAUGUACUAACAAAUAGGUAUAUCAGCAUAAAGCUAUGACCAUUUAUGACUGGUUGACUGAUUGAUUAAUGAGAUGAGAUAAAAAAUUAUAUUAAAAGUAACUAAGUAAAAAAUAAUUAGGAAAUAUAAAGAGGGAUGUUUUGAAAUGAAGAGGGAAUUACUUAAUAAGGAAAAAAGAGGCCAUCUUAUGAAUAAUAAAUAUUCAAGCAAGAGGUUGUGGCUGAAGAAGGUUAUGUAAAUAAAUUAUACAGAGAUAUAAAAUCCUUAAAAGCCACUGAAAAAAUGUCAGAAAACAUUCUGUAGUUGAUCUUUCCCUAAUUUCUGCUACCGUGAUUAUAAUUCUUUAUCUUUACAUGUUAAGUUGAUGACAGGUGCAACUAAAAGAUCUUACACAUAAGCUCUUAGCCACAGCCUUAGUCAGAAAAGGAAACACACACACAUUCAUUCACACAAGCAAGCACACUCAAGCAUACGAUCACCAUCUCCAGCAGCUCGCACCUGUCUGAGCCACCAGAGAUGAUGGUCAUGUGUGUGUGAGAUGUGGUUUGUGUGUGUGUUUCCUCUUCUGACUAAGGCUGUGGCCAAAGAUAAUGUGGAAAUUCCUUUUAGUUGUGCCUGUCUGCAACCUAAUGUGUCAUCUUUAUAGUAAGUACCAAUAUAUCUUUUCCUCAUUGUUGAUAUUCCAACCUGGAGUUUCCAUUUUUUUUUAAAUUUAAUUUUACAUAAUUACACUGACAUCUCUUUUAAGUGAUAGUUGUAAAUUGGACAAGAUACCAAAAAUAUAAUCUGAAAUGAUAACUAAGAUAUAUGAAUCAGAGCCUACUGAUCUCCUUAGACAUUGAUUUUCUCUGACAAAGAGAGCAUUUACAACUUAAGUCCCAUUUCCAUUAAUAAAUCCAAAGAUUCAACAUUCACACUGAUAGACUACACUAAGUACCGAGGAAAAUUUUUAUAUUUCAUAUUAUAUUUAAAAUUCUUUAAUUGGCUAGAUAAAAACUCUACUCGCCAAGAGACAGCAGAACACACACUUAAAAGAUUGUUGUGAUUGGCAAGCUUUUGGAGCCAGUGGCUCCUUUUUCAUGCAGAAAGGUUGAAGGGGAAGGCAGAGGGGUGAAGGACUGGAGAGGUAUAGGAAAAGAGGUAGAUUUUGGGAAAGUCACUCAGAACCACAGGUCAGGGGAGACUUAACAUAUGGGAUGAGAAGGAAAGACUGAUUGUUGGGGACUGCAUCGGAUGAGACUGAUUCAGUCUUUCCUUCUCAUCCUGUAUGAUAAGCUUCCCCUGACCUGCAGUUCUGGGCGACUUUCCCAAAAUCUACUCCUUUUCCUAGAUCUCUCCAGCCUUUUCCUUCACCCUUCUGCCUUCCCCUUGAACUCUUCUGCCUCAAGAAGGAGCCACUGGCUCUGAAAGCUAGCCAAUCACAACAGUCUUUUAUGUGUGUGUUCUGCCACCACUGGGUGAGUAUAUAUUUUAUCUAUCCAAUUACAGAAUUUUAUAAAUAAUUGAUUUUUUCGUUUUUAUAUUAUAUUUAAAACAUCAUUGCUCAUCGGUUAAGCCUGACAUUCCACUAUGGAAGGAAUGAACACCUGAAGGAUGCAUCUAUAAAGCAGUAAGACAAAUCAUCUAAGUUGUUAUAAACCUCAGUUUGUUCAACACUCUACUGUGAGAACAGAAUCAGAGCAUUCUUUAUUCAGAUUUCGGUACAUUUUAAUAAAUACUCUGUUCCUUAACAGUUCCUAUGGUUAACACAUGCAACUGAGGUAAAAAUAUUAGGUUGAUGAUUAACCAUUAAAUAUUUCUUCAUUCUCAAUUUAAAUGUGCUUUCAAAUGAUACCUGCAUAUUUGUCAGUAAAUAUUAUACACCAUUAUACAGAAAAUGUAGCUUUAUAGUAUUUUAUUACACAAACAAAAAUUGAAAGAACUUUGCCUUUAAAUUAAGCAAUAAACUUUUACAAUCUAAACACAGUAACUGAAAAUGCCUAGAUGACAAUGGACCUUUGUAAGGAUAUAAACACCAAGCACCUUUAGAAUUUGCAAAAAUGUUCCCAUAAGAAGAAAAAAAAUGUUUUAUUUUUUCCCAAAAAAUUUCAUGAACAGUUACUUGGCAGCCCUAGAACUUUUUGAUACAAUUAUGUAGAGAAAAUACUUUUAAAGAAUCAUGCUGUGGUAUGCAAACAUCAUCAGUCUUUAUAUGUAGCUAGAAACUAUUUUAAAAUUUGGAUAUAUGCUGUGAAAUUUAAUGAUGUUCUUCUCCAAAGAAAAUACUCAAAAGCUAUAAUUUUUAUACUGUGGAAUGUUGUAAUUGUCAUUAACAGGCCAGGGUAAAAUGGUCCAAUGAAGCUCUGUCCUAACAUUUAAGCAUUUGCAAAGAUCUGUAUAUAUACAUGUCACCUUCUCUGUUAUUUUUACUUUUAUACAUAUAUAUUGAUAAAAUGCUAUUUCUUGUAAAACUUGGAAACUAAAUAUUCCUACAAUGGCCUUUCUUGAUCAGUGAAAUGUCCACAUGAAAUGUGACAGAUGCUUUAUCAUAUUAUUCUAAACCUUUUGCUUCAGAUUCUUCCAUACAUAUAAUGAAAAGUAUAUUUCUUACCUGAUAGUCACCAUUGUGAGGUCUGAAUGUCAGUCUGUUGCCUUAGGGACUUAUUUUUCUCACUAUGAAAUGUUCAAAAACUAUGCAAUAUUAGAAAAUAAAAUAUUUGUGAUAGACAAUAUUUAUGAUGUGUUUCACAUCCACUGCUGAGAGAUGACAUCAUACUGUUGUAAAUAAGUGGCUAGUACAUUAUUUAUGCUUUAUCAAAUAAAAUACU